AUGUCAGCAGCCGUCGAGGUUGAAGUUGACGACCAUGAGAACGAAUCGGGAUACGGCGAUGAGCUGUCAGUGGCGACCGCCUCCAUGGACAGCUAUAUGCUGAGGUACGAGCAGAAACACGGGCGAACCUACCACAGCUACCACGAAGGGUCAUACAACUACCCAAACGACGACCAGGAGCAAGAUCGCCUCGACUUGGUUCACCAUGCCUUCAGACUCGUGCUUCAGGAUAAGCUUUUUCUCGCGCCCAUAAACCUCGAUAGCUCUGAUCUUAGAGUCCUCGACAUUGGUACUGGCACCGGCCUAUGGGCCAUUGAAUUUGCAGACGAGAACCCUCAGGCAACUGUCGUCGGCGUUGAUCUCAGUCCUAUCCAACCAGGGUGGGUGCCACCGAAUGUUCAAUUCUACGUUGACGAUGUUGAGGAAGACUGGGACGAGCCUAAGCGUUACGACUACAUCCAUUGUCGCUACAUGGCCGGCGCCAUCGCGGACUGGCCGGCGCUCGUACGCCGACUUUACCAUCAUCUAAAUCCUGGUGGUUGGUUGGAGUUUCAAGAAACCAUCAACACGCUCUACUCGGACGACGAAACUCUCGAGCCGAACAAUGCCCUUGUGAGGCUGAUGGACCACCUCAAGGACGCCCACGAUGGGAUUGGCCGCACGUUGGACCCCGCCCUUGGGUUCAGAGACUGGGCAGGGGAGGCCGGCUUCCACAACAUUCAGGAGCAAAGGUUCAAGUUUCCUGUAGGCCCGUGGCCCAAGGACAGGAGAUUCAAAGAGAUCGGAGCCUGCUUGAGUAUAAACUUCACCAGCGGUGUUGAUGCCUUCACAGCGAAGCCUUUCAGAGAUCAUUUAGGUUGGUCACAGGAGGAGGUGGAGGUUCUGAAAGCGGAGGUGCGGAAAGCAGCUAAACGCAAGGAGGUUCAUGCCAUGUUCGAUUUUGUUGUUGUGACAGCGCAGAAGCCAGCUUCGUAG